CAGCAGSCUCCGACCGACGGACGGACCGACAGACAGCACCAUGGCCAUCCCCUGCGUGGAGCUCAGCAACAAGAUGAAGAUACCCGCCCUGGGGCUGGGCACCUGGCAGGCUCCCCCAGGAAAGGUGGAAGAGGUGGUGAAGGUUGCUAUCGAUGCCGGCUACCGCCACUUCGACUGUGCCUAUUUCUACCAGAACGAAAAUGAAAUAGGGAAUGCAGUCCAGCAGAAGAUCAARGAGGGAGCUGUGAAACGGCAAGACCUCUUCAUUGUCACUAAGCUGUGGAACACAUUCCAUGAGAAGUCCUUGGUUAAGGUAGCGUGCAAGAAGAGCCUUAGUGCACUGCAGCUGGACUACCUGGACCUCUACCUGAUGCACUUCCCCAUGGGAUUCAAGGCUGGUGAAGUGCUGCAUCCUCUGGAUGACAAGGGUCACAGUAUUCCCAGUGACACUGAUUUUCUGGACACAUGGGAGGCCAUGGAAGAGYUGGUGGAUUGUGGUCUGGUAAAAGCCAUUGGUGUCUCCAACUUUAAUCAUGAGCAGAUUGAAAGAAUCUUGAACAAGCCAGGACUGAARCACAAGCCUGUAAUGAACCAGGUGGAAUGCCAUCCAUACCUGACCCAGGAAAAGUUGGUCAAGUACUGUAAAUCCAAAGGGCUUGCUGUGACUGCAUACAGUCCCCUGGGCUCUCCUAACCGCCCAUGGGCUAAGCCAGGGGAACCUAUGCUGCUGGAGGAUCCCAAGAUUAAAGAAAUUGCAGCUAGACAUCAUAAAAGCCCUGCCCAGGUCCUGCUCCGGUUUCUGGUCCAAAGAGACAUCAUUGUCAUUCCCAAGUCUGACAAACCCCACCGUGUUGAGGAAAACAUGAAGGUGUUUGACUUCGAGCUGUCUAAAAAGGAGAUGGAUGUCAUCCUCAGCUUUAACAGGAACUGGAGGGCAGUUCCAGUGCUCCAAGCUGUCAAUCACAAGGACUACCCAUUCAAUGCAGAGUAUUAAAUGCAAGUGGUUUCCUGCAAGACCUCCUUAACGCCUUACAGAUUGGAAGAUGUACUCUGCAGCUUGAUCUUGAUUUCUUCUUCUGUACUUGACAAUCAUAAGCAGUUAACUUUUUCUCCUUUAUUUAGGAGAUCACUAGCUGAUGCAAGAAUGUGUCAAUAGAGCUGGGUUUUUUGUAAAGAGGGUUAGAAGAAAUCUGGUCUUGAUUAGUAGUAAAAAGACAAUGUCUCUAAUUCCUUUUUAUCUGGUCUUCCUUAAUUACAUUCAUGUUUAACAAAAAACUAGUUACUUACAUGGGAUUUUUAUACUUUAUUUCYAGUGUGGUCAGUCACACUGGCUCAUAAGUCACUGUCACAGAAUGCUCUAAUGGCUUUGCUUUUUAUAUAGUUGUGAUUUUUAUAGAGUGUAUCUCUUAAUGCUUUAAAAUUUUAUAUGAAUAAAGUUUUAUUA